AUGUCUCGGUCACUAUUUCCAUCCACAUCCGCCCGCCGGCUCUCGCAGCAACCCGCACGUCUCUUCUCGACUUCCCGACCCGCCUUGCGCCUCUCCGCAACCUCCGUCGGCGAAUUCGCUACCUGUCGGCAAAGCGCUGCGCUCACUCCGCGAACCUCUCUUUGCAAAUCUUCUUUCUCACGAUCAUAUAUCUCUCAAUCCUCGUUGCGCCAGCAAGUCGCUUCAUUUUCUGCGUCGUCAGUUCGCCCGGCUACCAAGGUCCUACAGAACCCGAGAACCGGAGACGAUGGCGAAACGCUUAUGAUCGGAAUAUCGCCGCGAGCUGUGGAGCGUCUUCGUGAAAUCACCGACCCGUCCACUUCACCUUCUGCCACAAAAGAAGAAAACCCUUACCACCAUCUGCGCAUCACUGUGACUAGUGGAGGUUGCCAUGGCUUCCAGUACAUGAUGUCGCUCGAAUCAGCAUCCAAAAUCGAUGCCGAAGAGGACACAAUUUUUGAGGGCACUGCCGAGCCUUCCGAAACCGAUGCAGCAGGAGAAGCAAAGGUUGUCAUGGACGAGCCCUCAUUGGAGCUACUGUCCGGUAGCACGGUGGACUACACCACUGAGCUGAUCGGCAGUCAAUUCAAGAUCGUGGACAACCCGCGCGCGACAAGUAACUGCGGUUGCGGAACAAGCUUUGAUGUUAGCGAUUGA